CUUUAUUAUGUUUGAUUUCACAGCUGUUUUCUCAUUGCAUAUUAUUGUCUUUUAAGAUCAAUUAAUAAUUGACUGUAACAAAUUUAGUUGUCAAAAUGUGUCAUCAAUUCAAAGAUUACAGGACCGUUUUUAAACCUUCGAGGCGAGAAACGUACAUGGAGCCUCUCGGACUCCAUUACUGCGACUCUGGAACCUUGUUCACCCUGCUCAGCUCACUUGGCAAUCUGGAGGCGGCCAAGUUACAUGCCAAAGUUAAUCAAUACUUCUUUACAACUCUAGGAGCUGUUGGGAUCAUUAUAGAGUGCGUGGCCUGCCCCAAAUGCUCCAAGGUGAGAGCCAUCGGCAAAGUAGAACUUGCCGAACCUCUCACGUUCAAGGACAAAUGUCAUACAUUGCUGAGAAUAAAGGAAGCUAAAGGUCCGAUCAGGGUGGAAAAGGGACAGCUGGAAGGAAAACUUUUCUGCUACCUUGAUAAAGUACUUAAGGAAGAAUACAAAGAGAAGUUUCACAAUUGUAUGUUCUUUCCGAUUGAGCACCCAUUGGAGAACGAGAAAUACACGCAUUACUUCGGUUUAGUGAAUUUUAAAGAUUUUGAGGGCUGUGAAAACGUAUACAAUGGUAUAGUGACUGAAUGUUUCCGACACUGUUAUGGAAUGCUAAGGAGUGCUUUCAACUAUGAGGAAGAAAAAGCGAAUAGCAACCAAUGCUCAGCCGUUUUAAAAUCUUUUGUUGAAAUAUUGUCAUGGGCAGGAUCGAACGUUGUUUACAAUAAAGUUCAGCAAGAAACCAAGGAGAUCUUCAAUGCUGCAAAAUGCACUGUAUUCAUCCACGAUCCAGAGUUUACUUUAGUUCCGAAAGCAGUUGCAAGCGGUAAGCCCCCCCUUAUCAAGCAGGCUAGCGAUAAGGAAGGUGUUGUAUAUCACACAACUACCGCUGGCAAAGUGGCCAAGAAGAGGAAGCUCAUCAACAUACCGGUCGUCAAGGACGAUCCCUUGUAUUCAGCAACUAUCAACAACCCCUUCACGGAUGAUUGUAGGAGCCUGAUGUCAUUCCCGUUGAAACUGAAUGGAAAACUGUUGGGGGUCAUCGAGGUAUACGACAAGAACACCCCCUCCUUGGUAUUUACCGAAGACGACAUAAGCCUAACGGAGCACUUCAGCAACAUCGUCGCUUGCGCCAUCAACGCAAACAAGAUGUUUUACCAUUUUCACGAUCUCAAAACCAAACAGCAAUUCCUCGACUGUGUUCUUCUUCGUCGCUUCAAAGAAAUUGAUAAUGAAGCUGUAAAGAGUGUCAUGAACUGCCGGCACAAACAUAAUUUUCAAAGAAUAACCGACUUUCGAUUUGAUCCAAGAGUGAUUCCCGAAAAGCAUGUUUUGUGCGUAUGUCUAACCAUUUUUGAAUCCUCUGGUCUCAUUAAGAAAUUAAAAAUCAAACAUCAGACAUUUGUCAGGUUUUUAUUAAAAUUGAAGGAAGCUCAUUCAGCAUUACCAUUUCACAAUUGGACCAACUCUUUAUUAACAUUUCAUUUUGUCUUUAUCUGUGUAAAUCAAUAUAAUCUCAUCAAAGAUAAGUUUGUAACAGUAUUUGAAUAUUUUACCCUGUUGAUGGCAGCACUGUGCCAUGGCUUGGACCACAGGGGGCCGACUACAAUGUUCGAGAUGACCACUGGCACUGUCUUGGCCAGCCUUUAUAGUUCUCCUGGAUCCAUCAGUCAAAAGCAUCACCUGUCGCAAGCAUUGCGGUUAAUGACGUAUCCUGACUGCAACAUCCUCCAACAAAUCGACAAUGAAGAGUUUUAUAAAUUUGCUAAGCUUCUUGGUAAUAUGAUCGAGGAUACUAACAUGGCAAAUCGCCAUCAGAAGAUGCAAGAAUUGGAAGAACUGUUGAAGAACGGCUACAACACGAACUUGCCCGAACACAGAAGGCUCUUCCACUAUUUGAUAAUAAACUGCGCCCAGACAUGCUACGCCUGCAAACCCUGGCCACUUUGCAGGAAGAUUGGGGAAGAUUCUUUCCAAGAGUUUUUCCGAAAAGGGGAGCUAGAUCAGGCCCAAGGAGUAUUUGAAGUUCCCGAUUUCAAUGAAGACAUAUUGAAAUUACCGGAGAUGAACUGUCAUUUCAUAGAGACUGUCUGUUUACCCAAUUUCAGAAUGCUGGCUCAGAUCUGUCCGCUCGUAUACCUCUGUUUAGUAAAAAUAGACAUCAAUCUUGGACACUGGAAGGAAGAGAAAGACAAGAUCAUGGCAACAAUGACCAAGAAUUUGGAUGAUGAAGAGGGUGAAGAAGAAGAAGACAACUUUUUUAGAUAAAUAAUUUUUUUUAAAUU